CAGUCUCUCUGCGGUUCGCCGGCUGCCGGCUUCCCUCGCCAGCCCCUCCCGACCGCCAACCGGGCGCGCGCAGCUCCACUUCCGGCGUACGAGGCGGUGACAAUGGGAGCGGCGCGGGCGGCGCCGGGAGGCAGCUGACAGGCGUCUGCGCCUUCGCUUCAUGGCCGCCCUCCCGCCCCGCCUGGGCUCUGUGGGGAGUCGGGGAGCCCGCGGCGGCCCGGAGCCAGAGCGGGCGAGCCGAGUGGGGAGCUGUGCGCGGCGCCGCUGAGGCGCAGCAUGUGAAGCGGAGACGGCUUCCAGCGCGAGGCGAGCCUCUCAGCCGGCCGGGAUGGCUACGACGGCCGAGCUCUUCGAGGAGCCUUUUGUGGCAGAUGAGUAUAUUGAACGACUUGUAUGGAGAACCCCAGGAGGAGGCUCUCGAGGGGGACCAGAAGCUUUUGAUCCCAAAAGGUUGUUAGAAGAAUUUGUAAAUCAUAUUCAAGAACUCCAGAUAAUGGAUGAAAGGAUUCAAAGGAAAGUAGAGAAACUAGAGCAACAGUGUCAGAAAGAAGCCAAGGAAUUUGCCAAGAAGGUACAAGAGCUCCAGAAAAGCAAUCAGGUUGCCUUCCAACAUUUCCAAGAACUAGAUGAACACAUCAGCUAUGUAGCAACCAAGGUCUGUCACCUUGGAGACCAGUUGGAAGGGGUAAACACACCUAGACAACGGGCAGUAGAGGCUCAGAAAUUGAUGAAAUACUUUAAUGAGUUUCUAGAUGGAGAAUUGAAAUCUGAUGUUUUUACAAAUUCUGAAAAGAUAAAGGAGGCAGCAGACAUCAUUCAGAAGUUGCACCUAAUUGCCCAGGAGUUACCUUUUGACAGAUUUUCAGAAGUAAAAUCCAAAAUUGCGAGUAAAUACCAUGAUUUAGAAUGCCAACUGAUUCAGGAGUUUACCAGUGCUCAAAGAAGAGGUGAAAUCUCCAGAAUGAGAGAAGUAGCAGCAGUUUUGCUUCAUUUUAAGGGUUAUUCCCAUUGUGUUGAUGUUUAUAUAAAGCAGUGCCAGGAGGGUGCUUACUUGAGAAAUGAUAUAUUUGAAGAUGCAGCAAUACUCUGUCAACGGGUAAACAAACAAGUUGGAGAUAUCUUUAGUAAUCCAGAAACAGUACUGGCUAAACUUAUUCAAAAUGUAUUUGAAAUCAAACUACAGAGUUUUGUCAAAGACCAGUUAGAAGAAUGUAGGAAGUCUGAUGCAGAGCAGUAUCUCAAAAAUCUCUAUGAUAUAUAUACAAGAACCACACAUCUUUCCAGCAAGUUGAUGGAGUUUAACUUAGGUACUGAUAAACAGACUUUCUUGUCUAAGCUUAUCAAAUCCAUUUUCCUUUCCUAUUUGGAGAACUAUAUUGAGGUAGAGACUGGAUAUUUGAAAAGCAGAAGUGCUAUGAUCCUACAGCGUUACUAUGAUUCAAAAAACCAUCAAAAGAGAUCAAUUGGCACAGGAGGUAUUCAAGAUUUGAAAGAGAGAAUUAGACAACGUACUAACUUACCACUGGGGCCAAGUAUUGAUACUCAUGGGGAGACUUUCCUCUCUCAAGAAGUGGUGGUUAAUCUUUUACAAGAAACCAAACACGCCUUUGAAAGAUGUCAUAGGCUUUCUGAUCCUUCUGAUUUACCAAGGAAUGCCUUUAGAAUUUUUACCAUUCUUGUGGAAUUUUUAUGUAUUGAGCAUAUUGAUUAUGCUUUGGAAACAGGACUUGCUGGAAUUCCUUCUUCAGAUUCUAGGAAUGCAAAUCUCUAUUUUUUGGAUGUUGUACAACAGGCCAAUACUAUUUUUCAUCUUUUUGACAAGCAGUUUAAUGAUCACCUUAUGCCACUAAUAAGCUCUUCUCCUAAGUUAUCUGAAUGCCUUCAGAAGAAAAAAGAAAUAAUUGAACAAAUGGAGAUGAAAUUGGAUACUGGCAUUGAUAGGACAUUAAAUUGUAUGAUUGGCCAGAUGAAGCAUAUUUUGGCUGCAGAACAGAAGAAAACAGAUUUUAAGCCAGAAGAUGAAAACAAUGUUUUGAUUCAGUAUACUAACGCCUGUGUUAAAGUCUGUGCUUAUGUAAGAAAGCAAGUGGAAAAGAUUAAAAAUUCUAUGGAUGGGAAGAAUGUGGAUACAGUUUUGAUGGAACUUGGAGUACGUUUUCAUCGACUUAUUUAUGAGCAUCUUCAACAAUAUUCCUACAGUUGUAUGGGCGGCAUGUUAGCAAUUUGUGAUGUAGCUGAAUAUAGGAAGUGUGCCAAAGACUUCAAGAUCCCACUGGUAUUACAGCUUUUUGAUACUCUGCAUGCACUUUGCAAUCUUCUGGUAGUUGCCCCAGAUAAUUUAAAGCAAGUCUGCUCAGGAGAACAACUUGCUAAUCUGGACAAGAACAUUCUACACUCCUUCGUACAACUUCGUGCUGACUAUAGAUCUGCCCGCCUUGCUCGACAUUUCAGCUGAGGUUGAAUUUACAAGGGAAACAUGUUGUAUUUCAACAGGUCUUGGUUGAUAGAAAGCACAGGAGAUUUCUUACGACACAGCCAACAUUUUAUGGGAAAAGGACUGUUUGGAAAAACAGCAGCCAUACUUACCCUUGAGAUUUUAUUUGAAAUUUGGACACUACUAGCCAUAUUUUGCUUUUUCCCCUUAAGUUAAAUUUCAAUUCCAUUCUUGAACUUAACAGAUUUCAAAUUCUAAAUCUCAAAUUCUGUGAAGCUACAUGUCACUCUUUUCAUCCUGGAAAAUGUUGAUGUCAGAAGACAAAUGAAAUGUUAUCAGUGUUCCAGUUCAUGUUUUUGACAUACUCCAUCAGGAAGUUUCACCAUCUUAUUUUGCAUUAAUGGUAAAAUACAACAAAACUGCAUUUAUUAUUUACCAAUUUUUAAUGACCUUUUCAGCACUUGGUAAUUGUUAACCAAUUGUUAUUUUAGGUUUUCCCAGAGAACUUUUACCUCUUUCAGAAGGUUAAUAAUUGAGCAUAAUUUCUGUUGUUGGUUAAUUGGAUUUUUUUCCUGAGGUACACCAAUAAUAUUCCAAGAAAAUUGUUAUAAACUAAAUGAAAAUGAUGAAAUGUUUUAUGUAGAUAUUAGGAGUGGAUCAGAAUACAUCUGCUUUCUGGGUAAAAAACCUUAAAAUUUACUAUUUCUUAUUUCAUUAACAGAUUUUAAGCCAGUGCUAGCAAGAAAUUAAUGUCCACCUUAUUUUAUAUUUCACUUAAGGUAAGGUGGAGGACCUUAACUAAAGGACCAUAUUUAUUCAUUAUUUUAAUACUGUAAGGGAGGUAAAGUUGAGGUAUAGUGAUACAGUGAAUAUGGUGAAUAUGAGAAAUAUUGACAGUGUUUAGCAAUAAUGUAGCCCUUUAAGAUUUCUUUCUUAAUGCUAAACUGGAAUAAGAUGGGAUGGCUAAACAUUGGUAACCUAUUUUAAGAGGAAUCAGUAAUUGAUAGAUAGCAUUAUAUAUUCUAAGUCUGGAGAUGAGCUUUGUAAAGACUGAUUGCUUUUCAGAUCUAUAGUUUCUGUCAUCUUUUUCAAGGCAUUUCUGAAGCAAUUCUUAUUGAAUGGAGUUAAUUGAAUUGGCUUAAUAUGGUGACAUAAUAAAUCACUUAUAAAAUUUUAAACAUCAGGUGGAAAUUUAGCAAGGCUGUUACUCUGCAGUCUCUCUAAACUUGCUCUGCAAGAAUUCAUUCUUAUUUGUAUGUAGUGUUUCAGCUCCCUUUGUGUUGUUCGUAAUCUCCUAGGAACAGAUAAACUUUAACGUUCAGCUCAUUCUUGGCAUUUUUUUCCUUUAAUGUAGGCUUUUUGGCCUAGUUGUGGCAAACUACUUAUCUUUUAAGACUAUGUUUCUGAAUAGUCAUCAAUUUUACCAAAACUUCCAGAUCCAGCACUAGCUACCAUUUCAGUUACUAUUGACCAAAUUUUCUUAAUGUUCUUUUUAGCCCAGUGUUAUCGAGGUAAGAAAAAGAAACAAAGUAUGCCAACUUUUAUCAAAGCAUUUUAGAAAACUGUGGCAGCUUUAGAAGGCUGUCUAGUUUUCUAUUCCCUAGCCAAGGAGAGAGCCAGAACAGAUUUUGGAUACUAGAGAAAGUCAUAUGCUUGUACUGUUGCCAUUUUAGAAAGCUCUGAUGUGAAUUCAAAUUAUACCUCUGUUACUUAAAGCCAACAAUUUUAAAGCAGUAGUUUUACUGGCCAUUUGAACUCUUUGUACACAGUGUCAAUUUGUAAAAAAGAAAAAAAAGAAAAGGAAAAAAAAAGGGAGAGAAAACAAAAUCUUAAAUAAACAUGAGAGAGCAUUUUAAGACUUCCAAAUCAGAGAAGUGCUUCUAAUUAUUUUGUUUGGAUUAAUUUUUUAAAUGUAAAGCAUAAACAUGUUGCUUAAAUAUUUUGUUAUUAUUUCCAUGCUUGAGUUUUGUGCAAUAUUUUCCAUAAUGUCCAUUGACCAAGGCAGUGACAAAGAAAACUCAUAAGUGAAUACUUAAUUUAGAAGUAUUAACAUUAAUGCUUAAUAAAAAAAUUCCCUGCAAU